AUGUCUGUCGUUGUCGAGGAGCCAGCGCACCCCGUUGCGGCCUUCACGGAGCCCGCUGCGCCCGUUUUGGACGCGGCUGUGGCCAAGGAAUUCGCCGCAGGAGAGCUCUCCGCCGUGCCGGAGAUCAGCCCGAAGAUGGACGGCGCGAACGGGCACGCCGUCACGGACGCGGUGGAGGAUAAAGAGGUGGAUGGCGCGGCCGCGGACAAGGACGACGCCGCUCCGGCGGAGAACGGCCAUGCGAUAGUGCUCGAGGCCGAGCCUGAGGUCUCGGUCGAGGUGCAGGCCGCGCCCGAGCUCGAGGAGGCCACUGAGACCACUGCGGCCCCUGCUGCUGAUGCCAACGCCGUUGCCCCUGCUCCGGAGGAGCCCGCCAUUGGUGCGUUUGCCUGCAGUGCCACGGAAUCGACGGAGGCCCUCAAGGACGCUGUCGUCGCACCCGAAGCCAAGCCAAUCCCCGCCACGGAGACCCCCGCCCCCGCCCCUGCCCCCGAGACCGUCGAGGUCGCUCCCGAACCCGCCGAAGCCGCUCCCGAGCCCGUCGAGGCCGCUCCCGUCGUCGAAGAGGCGGUCGAGCAACCCGUCGAGGAAGAGACUCCCGUUGAGACGACGCAUGCUGCGGUGCCUGAGAAGCCCGAAACCGUCCAGGCCGAGAUUACGAGCGCGCUGACCACGGACGCUGAAGCUACCACUGGCACGGAAGACGCGGCGCCUGAAGCCCCCGUGGUGGAAGAGGACGCGGCGGCGGCAGAAGAGCCGGCGCCCGCUAUCGAGGAGGCGCGCGCUGACCCUGCACCCGCGGUGGAGGAAGACAAGGCUGACGAACCGCUCGAGGUUGUGGAAGAGGCCGCGCUGGCUGUUACGGAGCCGGUCGAAGUCGAGGUGCCAGCGGUCGAGGAAACUCCGGCGCCGUUCGAGGAGGUCGCGGUGGUCGAAGAAGCCUCGGAGGAGGAGCCAGCCACUCCUGCGCCUGUCGACGAGGCCGUUGCGGUCGUCGAAGAGUCCGCUGCUGUCGAGGAGGCUGCUAUCGAGGAGGCUGCUGUCGAGGAGACUCCUGCGCCCGCCGAUGAAGCCCCAGUAGUUCCUGAAGAGGAAGCAGGUCCCGCUUCAGACCUUGUUCAAGAGACUGUCCCUGUGUCGGAGCCGGUCCAGGAAGAAGCUGUCGUCGCCGAGACUCAAGCUCCUGUCCCUGCGGAGGACGUCGUUCUCACGGAGGAGGUUGAUGCUGAGCCUGCCACCGAGGAGGUGCAGCCUACCGAGCAAGUCGCCGCCGAGGAGCCAGCGUCCGCUGUCAUCGAGGAAUCUCCCGUCGUCGAGGACCCUGUCGUUGAAGAGACUCCAGCACCCGCAGAACCCGAGCCUACAGUUGAAGAGACCCCUGCACCCGAGGUCUCUGCACCAGCCGAGCCCGAAGCGGUCCCCGAGCCUAUCGAGGAGACCAUCGCUCUUGUCGUGGAGACUGCCCCCGAGGAUCCAGAACCCGCUCCAAUUGCCGAGGUCGAAAUCACUGAAACACCGGCGGCGGUGGAAGAGGCCCCUGAGCCCGAGAUCGUGAUCGCUGCCAUCCCCGCACCUGAGGAACCAAUCGAGGCGUCCGCACCCGAAGCAAUCGCGGUCGAUGUGGAGGUUGCCCCUACGCUCGAGCCUGAGCCUGAGACCGAGGCUGCCCCUGUCGAGGCGGAAGUCUCCGAGGCUCCUGUUGUGGAGGAAACUACGCCUGUCGAGGAGCCCAGCGUCCCCGUGGUCGAAGAGGAAGAGGCUGCCGAAGAGGUCAAGGUCGUCGAGGUGGAAGAAACCCCUGCCCCAGAGCCGGAGCCGGUCCCCGCCACCGAUAGCACCGACAAUGCGAUCGACGAGACCCCCGUCGUCGAGGCCGCCCCGAUCGAACCCGCGGUAGUUCUAGAGGAGGCCGACAUCGAGGCUCCGAUCACCGUUCCCGUCGUCGCGAUCGAUGCCGCCGAGGACGAACCCGUGCCGGUGGAAGAGGUGGAACCUGUUGUCGCGCCGUCCAGCCGGAGUCCCAGCCCGAGCCCUUCUCUUCAGGAGCGUCCCAAGUCUCCCUGGACCCCGUCCUACAGCGUGACCAGCCAGGGUCCUGGCGUCGAUGCCGCCGCGGAGGAGCAGAUUGAGGAACUCGAGCAGGUGCCGCCAACGACGGAAGAGGAGCAGCCAGCUAUCCCGGUACUCGAAGUGACCACCGAGCCUUCGGAGACCGCUGAGGAGCCCGCCCCCACGCCCGCUGAGGUAGACCGUCCCAAGUCCCCAUCGACCUGGGUGCCAUCGUACUCGGUUAGCUCGCAAGGUGCCAGCCCCAUCCACACUCCCGCUGUGCGCGCGGUCGAGAUUCCUGAGGAAGUUGUGCCCGAGCCAGAGACCCCUGCCGUCGAGGCGGAACCGGAGCCUGUCACUGAGGCGAUCGAGGUCGUCGUCGAAGCCGCUCCCGAAGCUGUUGUUGACAUUGUUCCCGAGGUCAUUGUCGAGGAGGUCGUGGACGAGCCAGAACAGCCGGUUUCUAUCGCCGAAGUUCCCGCAGAGGUUGCGCCUGUCGAGGUUCCUGAAGUCGUCGUGGAUGAUGUUGUGGAGGAGUCUCUUGCCCUCGAGUCUUUCAUCUCUAAGGAAGAGACCGUCGCCCCCGAGGUAGGUCGUCCAUUCCAUUAUCGAGUAUGCUUUCUGAUAGUUGGUUCUUUUCAGCCCGCUGAGGAGCCCAAGGUGGCACACCACUGGGUCCCAUCCUACUCCGUGAGCUCCCAGGGUGCAAGCCCCCUCCACAUGCCUCAACAGACCGAUGAUACGGACGUCGCGGAGAUCACCCUCCCAGAACCUGCUGUCGAGGUGGAAGUCCCCCGCGAACCUUCACCCGUCCCCGCUGUGGUUGUAGAAGAGGAAAUCGUCGUUCCCGAGCCCGAGCCCGCGCCCGAGCCGGUUGCUGUCCUCGCCGAAGACGUCCCCAAGGAGACUGUUGAGGCGGUCGCCACGCCGGUCAUUGUCACGGAGAUCCUGGAUGAGGUCACCGCGCCAGCGCCAGCACCUGUUUCCCAGCCCGCGUCUAGGCCCCUCACGCCCGUCGACCGUCCCAAGUCACCGUGGACGCCGUCCUACUCGGUUACCCUGCAGGGCAACAGGCCGAUCGCAAGCCCCGUUCCGCCAAAGAAGGAGCUCGAGGAGGAGGAGCCCGACCUUGCUCCCGUGUCCGAGAUCGCACCGGCAGCUGAACCGGAGCAGCCAUCGAUCGUUGUUGAGGAGUUCACUGCACCCGUUGAACCCGUACCCGAGCCUGUUGUUGAGGCAGCGAACGGCCAUGCCCCCGGGGAGACCCCGUCGAGGCCUUGGACCCCGUCGUACUCUGUAACAAGACAAGGACCCGGAUCGGACGUCGGCACCGACGAGCCUGCUCCGGUCGUUGAGGAGGAGGUCGCGGAACCUACGACUAUUGUCGAAGAGGCCGCGCCUGCGACCAAUGGCAACGGCGUCAGCUUCCCAAGCACCGAGAGUGCCGUCAAGCCCAGUCUGAACCGCCUUGCACCUGUCGACGAGAACUCCCAAAUCGAGAUCGAGGUUUCCCCCGCUCCCGCCUCUGACGUGGUGACGCCGACGACACCGCGCACACGCCUCGAAUCGACGGCGUCCUCGCGGUUCUUCCCUGGUGGCUGGUUCUCUAGUACCACGAAGUUGCCUGAGGAGGGCCGGACGUCGCUCGAGGUUGCCACUGGUCAGUUCUCGAGCGUCAAGCCAGAGGUGGAUACCCCAACAGAUCCCACCGGUGGGCUCGAGGCGCCAGCGAACACACCCCUUGUUGAGGACGCCGAGUUGGACGAGAAGAAGAAGAAGGGGGCGUGGUGCGUUAUCAUGUGA